GGAGCCAUGAUUCCUGUGACGGAGUUCCGGCAGUUCUCAGAGCAGCAGCCACAGUUCCGGGUUCUGAAGCCCUGGUGGGAUGUGUUCACAGACUACCUCUCUGUGGUCAUGCUAAUGAUCGGGGUGUUCGGAUGCACCCUACAGGUCAGUAGCAUCAAACAGCUUCAAAAUCUCUUCCAUAAAAAGCCUGAGUAUCUAUGAACAAGCAAUUGUUUCUAUGAGGUGCAUACAUAUUCUAAACAUUUUGUAGCAUAAGCCUAUACCCAGAGGGCAAGACUGGUUGAAAUUAUGUUAUGUUUCAGAUUUCUGGUUGUAAUUAUGUAAUUUUAAGUUUUACUCUUGUAGUUCACAUAGUCUGCCUUGUUUUCUGUGUACAGUACAGUCAUGUUUUUAUAGCAUAUAUUAUGUUUACUUUAUCUGCUACUACCACCUAGAUAUAAUUAAAGAUAUGUUGAAAUGCUUGAAUCAAAUCUUUAAAGUGACUUGCUGAAUAGCAGAUAUUAAAAUAAAUGUUAAAGUAAUUAGGGACACAGCUCUAGAACUUUAGUGUGGCCUGUCCUGCAGUGACAAACAACCCAAUGUUGGGUUCAUGUUAAUCUCGCUCUCUCUCUGUCGAGACGUCUGGUUUCAGAGCACCUCAGAACGCUACUUGAAUGGCAGUCAAUGGUAGGAGCGGAGUAAACAUCUGCAGGUUUUAAUUGGCUGAUCUUUCACUCCUGCACCAUCCAGCAUCUCCCCCUCUUUGUGGAUUUCAAUGCGCUAGCAUAGCAAGUAAUGGGCUAAACAAGGAAGUGAGUUUGGGAAAUCAGAAAGUUUUCAAAUAUAAACUUUAUAUGCCUGAACUAAGAAUGAAUUGGUCUCUGCAAAAAUAAUAUGGUCGCUGUGAACAUUUCUUUUGAUGGGUGAUUUUCAAAACAUUUCAAAGUCCCAUCAAUUCGAGCCUGGGGACAAGGUUAGGUUAAUGUAAGCUGCAAUCUGACGGGAGUUUACCAGCGGAAGGGAAAGACAUUCCUGCACUCCACACACAGACAUACAGAAACACACACACCACACACCAAAAAUGGCCCCCCACCUGCCCCACCCCCUCUUCAUAAACACAUGGGGAACACAUGGGAAACACACACACUGCACCGUGCACCAAAAAUGGCCCCCUGCCUGCCCCACCCCCUCUUCAUAAACAAAUGGGACUUGUCCAAAAUGGCACCCUAUUCCCUAUAGUGCACUGGUCAAAAGUAGUGCAAUAAAUACAGAAUAGGAGGCCAUUUGGGACAUAGUCAUGAUUCCAGCAGCCCAUGACCUGUCACUUCACUUCUCUUCACCACUCUGACCAAUUGAAGAUGGUGGAGUUCGAUCUGCUGAUUCUGGGCUGCAUCCCAAAUGAACCCUAUUCCCUAUGUAGUGGCCUACUUUUGACCAGUGCCCAUAAGGGCUCCAUCUAUAUAUAAACCCCUGUAGAUUAUGACUAAUUAUUUUUUGAAACCCCCAAACACCAUUGAUAGGAACUAUUUAUUAGGGUAGGAAUAUCCCCUGUUGUCCACUUGAGCUGAUGGGAAGGAUCUCUACAAAAAGACAGAAUGAGUGUUUAGAAUGUUUGUUUGUUAAUUGUGGGCAAUUUCAAAACCAGCCUGGCGUCAGAGCCAUAUGAAACAUACUAUACGUAUUUCUGAGCACCUCGAAGACAUGUGAUAUGCACUAAAGGUUAGUUACUUUAGACAGAAAACAACAGUAGGGAAGUUGGUCAGGGAGGAUGGGUGGGCGUAUACCACAACCGUCUAGCAAUUGAAAGGUUGCGCGUUCGAGCCACGUCAGGGACAACUAGCAUUUAAGCUUCCCCUAACCCUCUAACCAUAACCCAAUUUACCUAACCUGCUGCAUAAAUUAUCCUAACCUUUGUCGUUAUUUCUCCUAAACACCAAUGUAAAUUCUACCUGCAACUCUCCUUUGUUGUUAGGACACAACAAGCAACCUAGUCUCAGAGAAAGACGUAUGAUACUAUACAUACUCCAAGAUGUAUGUUACAUUAAAUCAUCCAAUUCGUAUGCUAUUGUACGACCGGGUAAGACGUAUGAUACUAUACGUCCUCUAAUUCGUAUUAAAUUGUACGAUCGCUAUUCCAUUCAUAAUGAAAUCUAACGUAAUAUAUCAUAGUAAAUGGAGGGAACAGAUUCACUUACCAAAUCCUACGAACUGCCCUGGGACUAGGUUGUCAAAACACCACCCAUCUGAUGACUUCCAUUAGUUUAUAUGGGCGAACUGCAGCCUUGUCAAAGCAAAGCAGUGUACUAGCUCAAAUUAAUACAUUUCCUGGCUUUAUGGGACUGUGUGUCUGAGUUUAGAUUUGUGAAGAUUAACACUGGCUCUACCAAAGGGACAUUUUAACAGAUAGAAGCCAAUGAAUAGCUCUACACACUAGCUACUGCAUAUAGGGAGAGGAGUUGGGAGGGCAGAGAGAGACAGAGCAGGAGAAAGAGUGAGAGAGGAGAGAGUGAGAGAGAGAGGGAGAGUGAGAGAGCAAGAGGAGAGGUUCAGAGAGAGAGAGGAUAUAUAGAGAGAUAUAAUUCUGCUGAUCCUCUCUCGAGAGACUACUCAGCAAGUCUGACUGCGUUUCUCCUGUCCUGCCCUGUACUGCUGCAGCGCACCCCUGAGCACAACCAUGAGCCUAAUUUCCUCUGCCCCAUAAACCAUGUCACUGGUCUGAAUCAUAGCAAGAAAAGUACAUCUUUACGAAGCUGAAGAAGAAAAAAAUGAUAUAUAUUUUUUCUCACUGUAAAUACAUCACCACAACUUGGGUCCAUGAUUCAUCUAUAUGAAUAGUAAAACAUAUAUAUUGUUUUAUGUGUUAUAACAAGCAUAACACAUUAUUUUCUGGUACAGUAUUGCAUGGCAUUAGAGUGAGUGUCUCCCUCUUCAGUCUGCGAUUUCGAUUUGUUAAAGCACUAAUUGGUUAUUUCCUGUCUGAGUCACAUGUUUACCAGUGAAGUCAGAGCAGAAAUUGAGACAGGGCAAGGUUUCCCGAUAGCAAUGGAACUUAGGCUUACUAGUGUUAUAAUGGUGCAUCAUUCCUUCAACAGUCAAAGAUGUAACAUGCGUUUCCCAAAACACCACGUAGAGAAAACGUUUGCUAAAUGUGUCGUUAGACCAUGUGUCGAUACUGAUAAGAUCAAAAGAAAAGCAGCGCUGCUCUCGGAUCAUCUUUCUCCAUUCAAAUCUUACCUUAACAUUAGAAUUACACCACAAUACUGAUGACGGAUCAGCUCCUAGAGAUAUUACCAUCUAUGGCUUCAAAUAUUCAGGUGGCUUAUAAUGCUUACCCAAUAAUAAUGUACUAAAUUACCGAUUGGGGACAUCAUCGUGCACCUGUUGUUACAUAUGCAAUAUAUUGAGUCAAAUUACAAACAAUAGCCUAUUAUCAAAAUAUAACUAAAUUGAUUGAACAUACUGUAGAAUUUAUUUCAAUAUGAUUGAAAUAUAUAGGCCCAUUUAGCCUAUUUAUAUUUUAUUGCAGUCAUCUCGGCUUUCAUUUGAAGCAUAUUUGUAUCCUUCACUUGUUUGUAACAAUUUAAGUUAUCAGCAUCACUUUCAGACAGAUAAACAUCUUGAUCCUAUGUUUAGCGGAAGUCUUCUGUGAAUAAAGUGUUGAAGAAGGGCAAAAAAGCAUCUAACAAUGCACUUAGCUGUUCUACAAGUGAUCUGAGGCAGUCUGUAAAUAACAAGUGUUUUCAAGUGCAACUUUAGUAACUAUGGUUUUGGGAAACAGCUCAGAGAUUUAGCGAUGCUCCUACAGAGGUUCUAAUGAUGAACUUUUGGGAAACCAGGCCAGAUCAUCAGAUAUUCCCCCCGUUGUUUAUAUUAUCACUGUAUCUAACUAACUUUAUGUAAUAGACUAGUUUCAAGUUUUAAGUUUUGAUGUUGCUGUGUUGCUUGCUUGAUUCUUCCCAGCAAACCGGGAACAUUCCAAUAACAUUAGUUAAGGUUCCCAUGAAGUUCUAGUUAGGGUUUUAUCUAACAUUAGGAUGAUAACAUCCCAAGAACAUUUAAGGAAUGUUUUUGAUAGCAAAAUGUAUUUUUCUUUCAGAUUAAAAACAAAAUGAAAUAUCCUUGGAAUAUUCUCCUAACAUUCACUAAAAUGUUGUGCACAACAUUUGUAACAAGCACCACAGAACAUUCCCCAAACGUGCUCAUUAGGUUUCCAGGUAAUGUAAUAACACAAUGUACCAGUAAUGUUUUAGAACAUACUGCUGCAACAAAAUGUGAGAGCAACGUUCUGUCAACAUUCUUGCAACAUCAGGCAAAUGUUUUAUACAAACAUUGUAUAAUCAGCACAACUGGACAGUUUUUGUGUUAUGAGAACAUUUGUCGCAACCUAACGAAUGUUCUGGGAACUUUCACAGAAACAAUUUUGGUUUGCUGAGUUAUUGUUUGUUCUUUGUUUUAUUUCAGGUGAGGCAGGACAAAAUCAUCUGCCUUCCCCAAAAAAUGUCCAUGCCCAACCAAACAAUACUCUUACCAAAUAAAACUGCUGUGCCGCUGGACGUGCACGAGCUGAUGGGCCGGAAAACCAACCUGGACUUCCAGCAGUACAGCUUCAUCAACCAGAUGUGCUACGAGAAAGCCCUGCACUGGUACGCCAAGUACUUCCCUUACCUGGUCCUCAUCCACACCCUCAUCUUCAUGGUGUGUAGCAACUUCUGGUUCAAGUUCCCAGGCUCCAGCUCUAAGAUAGAGCAUUUCAUCUCCAUCUUGGGAAAGUGCUUUGACUCCCCCUGGACUACCAGAGCUCUGUCUGAGGUGUCUGGAGAGAACCCAGAGGAGAAGGUAUUGUUGGUAUGUGUUUGUAUGUACUGUAUGUAUGUAUUUACUGUGUGCGUGCGUAAAAUUAUGUUUUAACCUGGACUAGGCUCAAUCUGUAUCCCAGAAACUGGCCCUAUAUUGUAUAUAUUUUAAAUAUAAUGCAUUCAUUCAUUCAUUCAUGAAUUAAUUCAAGGACAACAAGAAGAGCAGAGCCAGUAGAGCGAUCCUUAACGUGUCUGUAGAGGGGAACCUGGACAACCUGGAGAAGACCCAGUCCCUCAAAUCCAUCCCAGAGAAGAUCGUAGUGGACAAGCCCACAGCCAGCGCCCUGGAUAAGAAGGAAGGAGAACAAGCCAAAGCUCUGUUUGAGAAGGUGAAGAAGUUCCGCCUGCACGUCGAGGAGGGGGACAUCCUCUAUGUUAUGUAUGUUCGCCAGACUGUUCUCAAGGUGUUCAAGUUCCUCCUCAUCAUCGCGUAUAAUAGUGCUUUAGUCUCUGAGGUGCAGUUCACAGUGAAGUGCAGUGUGGACAUACAGGACAUGACGGGAUAUAAGCAUUUCUCCUGUAAUCACACCAUGGCCCACCUGUUCUCUAAGUUGUCAUACUGUUACCUGUGCUUUGUGGCUGUGUACGGAUUCACCUGCCUCUACACUUCCUAUUGGCUCUUCUACCGCUCUCUGAAGGAGUACUCCUUUGAAUACGUGCGGCAAGAAACGGGAAUCGAUGACAUCCCAGACGUGAAGAAUGACUUUGCCUUCAUGCUGCACAUGAUCGACCAGUACGACCCACUGUACUCCAAGAGGUGCGGAUUUUCUUUUUAAAAUUAGACAAUUGUAAAUUGUUUCAAAUAAUUCAGCUCUUCGUUGUUAUUGAUAAGUAUGUAAUGCCUCCAAUUGUAAAAUAAACCAUUCACAUGCCGUAGUAUGGCUGCCAUCUGCUCCAACCCUUCGAAGGGGUUAUUGUGUUACUAUUUUUCCUUUAGUUUAUUUAGCACAUUUUUCUAACUUACUUUUUAAAUACUCUGCAUUGUUGGUUAAGGGCUCGUAAGUAAGCAUUUCACUGAAAGGUCUACACCUGUUGAAUUCAGCGCAUGUGACAAAUAUAAUUUGAUUUGAUUUGAAUAAACAGAAGACAAGUUUCUGUUGCACAUCCUUUUACAUAGUUUUUUGGACAAUAAAGUAAUCUUCUUAUUCUCUCUUUCUUUCUGUCUCUCUCUCAGGUUCGCAGUGUUCCUGUCUGAGGUCAGCGAGAACAAACUGAAACAGCUAAACCUGAACCAUGAGUGGACACCAGAGAAGCUACGUCAGAGACUGCUGACCAACCAUAACGACAGACUGGAGCUGCAGCUCUUCAUGCUGUCUGGGCUCCCGGACACUAUCUUCGAGGUGACAGAGCUCCAGUCCCUGAAGCUAGAGAUCAUCAACAACGUAACCAUCCCGGCCUCCAUCGCCCAGCUGGAAAACCUCCAGGAGCUGUCUCUAUAUCAGUGUUGCUUAAAGAUCCACACCACAGCCACUUUCUUCCUCAAGGAGAAACUCAAGGUAUGCUAUUCUGGUAGUCUUUUGGUGUGGCAUGUUUUUUUAUGGCUCUUGACUUUGUAUUCUAUAAUCUGUUUUUGUCUUGUACAGUUUGUGGGUAUUUCCACCAAUUCGGUGCGUUUUGAGAAGUAUAACUUGGUCUUAAAAACACAUUUGAUUUCACCUAAUUGUAACAUUCUGCCAUAAAGAGCAAAUGUUCAACUUAAUAAAAAAACAGUUUUCCCAUCUCAAGAGGUUAAAUGAAAAAUAAGUGCCUAUUAAGUGCCAAAUAAAGUAACAGCCCACAUGAAAAAAUACCAUAGUAAAGUAGUAGCCUUCACUGUAGUGUUUUUGCGGAAUGUAGUUUUACUGUAGUGUUGUGGACAUGACUGUAGUAUAUUGUAGUAUUUACAGUUUACUAUAGUAUACUGUAGUGUAUACUAUAGUAAUUACUGUAGUGUUUUGUGGACUGUAGUGUUUUUGCUGACAUUACUGUAGUAUUUACUGUAGUGUUUUUGGAGUCAAGUAUUGUUAUGAACCCAAAAACUAGCCUAUGGAUAUUGAUGCAUUCUCUUUGUCGAGAGGUCCUAGGCCUAGUUACAGAGCCUUCAAAAAGGUAUUCACACCCCUUGAUAUUUUCCACAUUUUGUUGUGUUACAAAGUGGGAUUAAAAUGGAUUUAAUUGUCAUAUUUUGUCAAUGGUCUACACUAAAUACUCUGUAAUGUCGUGAUGGAAGAAAAAUUAUAACAUUUGUUAAAAUAAAUAAUGAAAAAUAAAACACUAAUCUAUCUUGAUUAGAUAAGUAUUCAACCCCCUGAGUCAAUACAUGUUAUAAUCACCUUUGGCAGCGAUUACGGCUGUGAGUCUUUCUGGGUAAGUCUCUAAGACAAUUUCACAUCUGGAUUGUGCAACAUUUGUCCAUUAUUCUUUUCAAAAUUCAAGCUCUGUCAAAUUGGUUGUUGGUCAUUGCUAGACAACCAUUUUCAGGUCUUGCCAUAGAUUUUUAAGCAAAAACUGUAACUCGGGCACUGAGGAACAUUCACUGUCUUAUUGGUAAGCAACUAUAGUGUAGGUGUGGCCUUGUGUUUUAGGUUAUUGUCCUGCUGAAAGGUGAAUUAAUCUCCCAGUGCCUGUGCUUAGCUCCACUCUGUUUCUUUUUUAUCCUGAAAAACUCCCCAGUCUUUAACGAUUACAAACAUACCCAUAACAUGAUGCAGCCACCACUCUGCUUGAAAACAUGGAGAGUGGUACUCAGUAAUGUGUUGCAUUGGAUUUGCCCCAAAUAUAAAAAAGUGAAUUGCUUUGCCACAUUUUUUGCAGUAUUACUUUAAUGCCUUGUUGCAAACAGGAUGCAUGUUUUGGAAUAUUUGUAUUCUGUACAGGCUUACUUCUUUUCACUCUGUGAAUUAGGUUAGUAUUGUGGAGUAACUACAAUGUUGUUGAACCAUCCUCAGUUUUCUCCAAUUACAGCCAUUAAACUCUGUAACUGUUUUAAAGUCACCAUUGAGCGGUUUCCUUCCUCUCCGGCAACUCAGUUAGGAAGGACGCCUGUAUCUUUGUAGUAACUGGAUGUAUUGAUACGCCAUCCAAAGUGUAAUUGAUAACUUCACCAUGCUCAAAGGGAUAUUUAAUGUCUGCCUUUUUUAUUUUUACCAAUAGGUGCCCUUCUUUGUGAGGCAUUGGAAAACCUCCCUGGUCUUUCUGGUUGAAUCUGUGUUUGAAAUUCACUGCUUGACUGAGGGACCUUACAGAUAAUUGUAAGUGUGGGGUACAGAGAUGAGGUAGUCAUUAGAAAAUCAUGUUAAACACUAUGUGAGUCCAUGCACUAUGUGAGUCACAGUGUGAGUCCAUGCAACUUAUUAUGUGACUUGUUAUGCUAAUUUUUUAUCCUGAAUUUAUUAAGGUUUGCCAUAACAAAGGGGAUACAUACUUAUUGACUCAAGACAUUUCAGCUUUUCAGUUUUUUAUUAAUUUAGAACAUAAUUUCACUUUGACAUUAUGGGGUAUUGUGUGUAUGCCAGUGACAAAAAAAAUCUCAAUUUAAUACAUUUUAUAUUCAGGCUGUAACACAACAAAAUGUGGAAAAAGUCAAGGGGUGUGAAUACUUUCUGAAGGCACUGUACAUGGUCUGUAACCUGAAGGAAUGUGUGCAUCUGUGAGUAAUCAGCAAAUGCGCCUAGGUGUUGAAUGUCAAUACUUUGUAGAGCCACCUUUUGCAGCAAUGACAGCUGCAAGUCUCUUGGGGUAUGUCUUUAUAAGUGUGUCACAUCUAGCCACUGGGAUCUUUGCCCAUUCUUCAAGGCAAAACUGCUCCAGCUCCUUCAAGUUGGAUGGGUUCCGCUGGUGUACAGCAAUCUUUAAGUCAUACCACAGAUUCUCAAUUGGAUUGAGGUCUGGGCUUUGAUUAGGCCAUUCCAAGACAUUUAAAUGUUUCCCCUUAAACCACUCAAGUGUUGCUUUAGCAGUAUGCUUAUGGUCAUUGUCCUGCUGGAAGGUGAACCUCCGUCCCAGUCUCAAAUCUCUGGAAGAUUGAAACAUGUUUCUCUCAUGAAUUUCCCUGUAUUUAGCGCCAUCCAUCAUUCCUUCAAUUCUGACCAGUUUCCCAGCCCCUGCCAAUGAAAAACAUCCCCACAGCAUGAUGCUGCCACCACCAUGCUUCACUGUGGGGAUGGUGUUCUCGGGGUGAUGAGAGGUGUUGGGUUUGCGCCAGACAUAGGGUUUUCCUUGAUGGCCAAAAAACUCAAUUUUAGUCUCAUCUGACCAGAGUACCUUCCCACAUUCCUUUUGGCGAACACCAAAUGUGUUUGCUUAUUAUUUUCUUUAAGCAAUGGCUUUUUUCUGGCCACUCUUCCAUAAAGUGUACAACUUAAAAUGGUCCUAUGGACAGAUACUCCAAUCUCUGCUGUGGAGCUUUGCAGCUCCUUCAGGGUUAUCUUUGGUCUCUUUGUUGCCUCUCUGAUUAAUUCCCCCUUUGCCUGGUCCGUGAGUUUUGGUGGGCGGCCCUCUCUUGGCAGGUUUGUUGUGGUGCCAUAAUCUUUCCAUUUAUUUUAUAAUGGAUUUAAUGGUGCUCCGUGGGAUGUUCAAAGUUUCUGAUAUUUCUUUAUAACCCAACCCUGAUCUGUACUUCUCCACAACUUUGUCCCUGACCUGUUUGGAGAGCUCCUUGGCCUUCAUGGUGCCGCUCGCUUGGUGGUGCCAUUUGCUUAGUGGUGUUGCAGAACAGGUGUAUAUAUACUGAGAUCAUGUGACAGAUAAUGUGACACUUAGAUAUUUUGUGUAUGUCCAUUACAUGAAAUCCAAAAAAAAAUCAAUUUCAAUUACAGGUUGAAAUGCAACAAAAUAGGAAAAAUGCCAAGGGGAAUGAAUACUUUUGCAAGGCACUGUAUGCCCAGGGAGACAGCAACCUUACUUUGGUCCAGGGCCAACUCUGUCUCUCUUGACCUCCUGGUCAGCCAGUCCUAGCGAUUUAUAAUUUGUUCAGAUGGUGACGAAACAUAAAUAUGUACAAAAAGGAAAAAUACAAAAGGUAUGCCCAAACUAAAGACUAAAAAACAAAUGAAAGGCCACCAAACAAAACCAGCAACUUGCAAGCAAUGUUCCCUCUAUGCUUCAGGCAGCUCCCACGGGACUGACGUGCAGAAGAAAUAUCAGCCUGCGCAGAGAAGCACGAGAUUGAACUUCACUCAACUUUGUAGAGUUUUCCCCAUUAGUUAACACUGUCAACGUUGCCCUUUACUGUGGGAAUUGUGAUCGAAUCAACGCAAUAUUAGCCACUUUCAAUGCAACAUACCGAAACAAAACGAACUAUGCAAGCGAUUUUGUUGUAAGCAGAGCGCAUCGAAGUAGGAUUCUAUUGUAUUGACAGGCACGAAUCAGGCCAGUACUCUACACAGACUGGUGCUCCAUAACCAAUCAGAGUUGCUGUAGGCCUAUAUGCAAAUAGACAUUUUACAUUUACAUUUGAGUCAUUUAGCAGACGCUCUUAUCCAGAGCGACUUACAGUUAGUGAGUGGAUACAUUUUCAUACUGGCCCCCCGUGGGAAACGAACCCACAACCCUGGCGUUGCAAGCGCCAUGCUCUACCAACUGAGCUACAUGGGGCCAUUGACAUAUGGAUUUGUGCCAUUCACUUUGAACUGGAGUGGUCGUGAUUAUUAUGCGCUUGUUUUGAGAUCAAAGCGAGAGCUGCAUGUAGCCACGUGUGCAAAUGUGUUCAUAUUCUUUGCUAGUUAGUGAGUUAUUAGCCCAGUUAUAGCUAAUUUGUAGUCAGAAAUGUGGGAGUGAUUGCUUCCUACAAGAGCACAAAACGUGAACAUUUCUAGCCAUCUUUGAAGUCAGGUAAAGAGUCAGAUAAAGAGCUUUUUUCUGUCUGAAAGGGGCAGUGUUGUAUUUUGAGACAGGCUUGAAUUAGCUAGGUGGCCAAUAAGCAGAGGGUAACAUAAUAUGUCUGAUUCUCUGUGAUAAUGGUAUGGGAAUAAUAAUGCAUUUUAUUUUGUAAAGUGUUUUCUUACAUCAAACAACACAACAAAACGUGUUAUGCUCGACCCACUCAGUAUUCCACAACAAAACACCAGACAAUUGCCAAAAACAAUAGAACCAGCUCACGUGCUUUGAUAUGACUAUUUGAUGUUCAAUAUUUCUUUAGAAUUUAUUUUUUAAAGGAAUAGUUUCACCAUAUUAAAACGAGAGUUCUGUUCACGUAACAGGGUUGACCUUAAGAUGUAAAAUGAGGGACAGGUUUUUUUUUCUUCCUUAAAAUGAAUCACUAACAACAUAAAAUAAAUAAUAAUCUUCAGAAAUGAUUUUGUCAAAGCAACAAAAUAACUAGGGCUUUACAAUGAUGGUGAAAACAUUUGGGGGUUAAGGUUAAAAAUCUUCCUAGAAGUCACAGAGGAUACACAGAGCGACAUAUCCAUAUUAAAAACCGGGUUUAUCGAAUUAUCCAUGUGGGGGCAUUUAAUAUAACAGGCUUUUAAAAUUCCACAUUUGUGCACAAUUUCUACUUAAAAUAUCAAAGGUACUCAAAAGGCACACAUAUUUUUGGGAACGACCCAUGUGUAUUUUGUCUGCUGUUGUUAUUGACAUUACAUUUCCCCGCUGGGAUUAACAAAAUAUCUAUAUAUCUAGCCAUCCAUCUAUCCAUCUAUCUCUAUCUAAGGUGCUCAGGGUGAAGUUUGAUGACAGCAGGGAGCUGCCUCAUUGGCUGUACCACCUGCGGAAUCUAGAGGAGCUCUACCUCAUUGGCUCACUGAGUCCUGACUCUUCGAAGAAUGUGGUUCUGGAGUCCCUGAGGGAGCUGAAGCAUCUGAAGAUCCUCUCGCUCAAAAGUAACUUUACAAAGAUCCCCCAGUCCAUCGUGGAUGUGUCCAGCCACCUGCAGAAGCUGUACAUCUACAAUGAUGGAACCAAGCUGGUGAUGCUCAACAACCUGAAGAAGAUGGUGAACCUGACUGAACUGGAGCUGGUGCACUGUGACCUGGAACGCAUCCCACAUGCUGUCUUCAGCCUCACGAACCUACAGGUAUGAUAUGCCGUACUUUGAGUGCCUGCUAUGAUCGCCUACAGUGUCUCAAAACUCUGAGUAGUCAGCCUACAGGUAUGAGUUACUGUAACUGGCUGCUAUGAUUGCAUACAGUGUCUCAAAACUAGGGUUGCAAAAAUGUAUUGCCAAUUGCUGUAAUAUUGUGGAAUGCCACUUAAAAUAAAAACAUUUAACUCUUAACUCUACAGGAGUUGGAUCUUAAGGAAAACAACCUGCACUCCAUUGAGGAGAUAGUCAGCUGCCAGCACCUUCGCAAACUGACGUGCCUGAAACUCUGGCACAACAAUAUCUGCUACAUCCCAGAACACAUCAAGAAGCUGGGAAGCCUGGAGCGCCUCUACUUCAGCCACAACAAGAUAGAGAUCUUGUCCCCGCACCUGUUCUUAUGCAACAAGCUUCGUUACCUGGACCUGUCCAACAACGACAUCCGGUUCAUUCCGCCGGAGAUCGGCGUCCUACAGAGUCUUCAGUAUUUCUCUGUCACGUGCAACAAGAUCGAGAACCUUCCAGACGAGCUCUUCUUUUGCAAGAAGCUCAAAACCCUCAAGCUGGGCAAGAAUAUGCUGUCGUUGCUCUCACCAAAGAUCUCAUACCUGGUUCUAUUGACACACCUGGAACUGAAGGGCAACCAUUUUGAGCUCCUGCCUCCAGAGCUGCGGUUCUGCCGGGCGUUGAAGCGUGGCGGCCUAGUGGUGGAGGACGUCUUGUUUGAAACCUUGCCUUCUGAUAUCAGAGACAAAAUUAAGGCUGAGUGA